GUGUUUUUCUGAGACUAUGGUUACCUUCUGGACCUGUCUGGGAAAUUUGAGCAUCUUUUGUGCUGUGAUAGUACAAGUGUCUGGAAUCAACAGAACUUUCUACAUUGGAAUUCAAGAGGAAGAUUGGAAUUACGCACCGAGCGGCCAUAAUCUGAUAAUUGGGAAACCUAUUGCAGUGGACGAGUAUGCAUCGAUAUUCCUGCAGCGUGGGCCUCGACGGAUUGGCAGUGUGUACAAAAAAGCGUUAUACAAGCAGUACACAGAUGCUUCUUAUUCUCAAGAGAUCCCCAAACCCACCUGGCUGGGCUAUCUGGGCCCCAUACUGAGGGCUGAGGUCCAUGAUGUUAUCAUCGUGCACCUGAAGAACUUUGCCUCCAGACGUUACUCCAUGCAUCCUCACGGUGUCUUCUAUACGAAGGACUCAGAAGGUGCGCUGUAUCCAGACGGAACCUCAGACACUCUGAAGAAGGAUGACGGGGUUCCACCGGGUGGAAAUUACACCUACAUCUGGACUGUGAAGCCAGAUUAUGCUCCUCAAAAGGGUGACGCCAACUGCCUGACGUGGGCCUACCACUCCCACGUCAGCGCUUCACAAGACAUUUCCUCUGGGCUUAUUGGAGCCCUUCUCACCUGUAAGAAAGGAACCCUGCAUACUUCAGACCACCAUCAAGAUCAACGUGCUGAUGUGGACCAGGAACUUGUCCUCAUGUUUAGUGUGGUGGAUGAGAACAUCAGCUGGUACCUGAAGGAGAACAUCCAGACCUUCUGCUCUGAUCCAUAUGGAGUGGACCCUGCCAGAGAAGACUUCCAAGAAUCCAACAUGAUGCAUGCCAUUAAUGGGUACAUGUACGGCAACCUACCAGGCAUUGAGUUUUGCCAAAACCACACGGUUGCUUUGCAUCUCUUUGGCAUGGGAAACGAGAUCGACAUUCACUCUGUUUAUUUCCACGGACACACACUCCUGGACCGCGGGCACCGUGUGGAUGUCCUGAGUCUGUUUUCUGCCACCUUUGCCACUGCAGAGAUGGUCCCUGCGACAAUAGGAACAUGGCUCUUGAACUGCCAAGUCAACGAUCAUCUGAAAGCUGGUAUGCAGGCCUUGUUCAAAGUUUCGUCGUGCAAGGAUGAGAUGAACUCCACAGUUCAUCUCAGUGGGAAGAUUAGGAAGUAUUUCAUUGCUGCUGAGAAGAUUCGGUGGGACUAUGCACCAUCAGGGAUGGACAAACUGACCAAUGAGUCGCUGACCAAUCCUGGGAGUGUUUCAGAGAUGUUCUUUGGGAUGAGUGGUGGCCGACUUGGUGGAAAGUAUUGGAAAGCGGUUUACAGAGAAUAUACAGAUAAGAGUUUCACCUUAAAGAGAAGACGAACCAGUGCUGAGAAUCAUCUAGGCAUUUUGGGUCCGGUACUGAGGGCUGAAGUUGGAGACACCCUUCAGGUGAUGUUUAUGAACAAGGCUGACAGAAUCUACAGUAUCCAGCCUCACGGCCUCCACUACGACAAACCCUUUGAGGGUGUCUUUUAUCAAGAUGGUAUAAAAAGGAAAGGAUAUCAGGUUCAGCCAGGGGAAACGUUCACCUACAGGUGGCAGUUGAGGGAGGGACCGUCUGAAAGUGACCCUCCCUGUAUUUCCUACCUGUACUUCUCCUCCAGCGAUCCGGUCAGAGACACCAACUCUGGUCUCAUAGGCCCCCUGCUGAUUUGUAAGAAAGAUGCACUGGAUUCCAAAGGUGCUCAGAAAGACGUCAGUCUGGAGUUUUUUCUGCUGUUUACUGUGUUUGAUGAAAAUCUCAGCUGGUACUUGAAUCAGAACAUUGAAACAUAUGACACCAAUGAAUCGGAAUUAGAGAAUAUGGAGUUUCAGGAGACCAAUAAAAUGCAUGCUGUGAACGGCUUUAUGUAUGGGAACCUGCCUGGCCUUGAGAUGAAUAAGGGGUCAAAGGUCAGAUGGCACCUCAUGGGACUUGGCACAGAGAUGGACAUGCAUGGGAUUUACUUCCAAGGCAACACCUUCCAGAGACAGGGAACAACUCGUGACACGCUGGGCCUGUUCCCACACACUACAGUCACAGUGUCCAUGCAACCAGAUGUCAGUGGUGUAUUUGAGGUGAGCUGUCUAGUCUCUGAUCACUAUGUUGGUGGGAUGAGACAGCUGUAUAGAGUGAUGGGCUCAGAAGAUAAGGACCUCUCAGAGUUUCAGAUUGUAGAGUAUUUCAUCUGUGCUGAAGAGGUAGAGUGGGACUACUCACCUGAUCGCACCUGGGAGCUGCAGAACUUCAACACGACCGAGGACAACAGUCCUGGCAGUUUAUUUGUGGGAAUGGGAAAGAACAGACUAGGCUCCAGAUAUAAGAAAGCAGUUUAUCGAGAAUACACUGAUGCCACCUUCAGGACAAGGAAACUGAGACAGCCUCAAGAGGAACACUUGGAGAUUUUAGGACCUAUAAUCCGAGCUGAAGUAGGUCAGGUUUUGCUGAUCACAUUCAUGAACAAAGCCGGUCAUCCUUACUCAAUACAGGCACAUGGAGUCAGGACUUCUUCUAAACCAGAGGCUGUCAUGCCAGGAAAUAUGACUCAGUACCGGUGGAUCAUUCCAGUGAAAUCCGGUCCAGGAGUGUCUGACCCAAACUGCAUUGCAUUUGCCUACCGCUCAGCUGUGGACUUUGUUAAGGACACAGCCAGCGGUCUCAUUGGUCCAUUAAUAAUCUGCAGGAAAGGUGUACUGGACCAGGACAGACAGAGAACGGAUGUGGAUAGAGAAUUUGCUCUCCUCUUCAUGGUGUUUGAUGAGAAUAAAUCCUGGUACCUGGAGGAAAACAUUCAGUCCUACUACAACAGCUCAGAACCUCUUCUGAGAGAUGCUGAGUUUCAGAAAAGCAACAAGAUGUAUGGGAUCAACGGGAAGCUCUAUGCAAACCUUCAUGGUCUAGAAAUGGUGGAGGGAGACAGGGUGGUUUGGUACCUGUUUGGGAUGGGCAAUGAAGCAGACAUUCACACCGUCCAUUUCCACGCUGAGACCUUCACCUACAAGGCAGAUGAGGCUCACCGUACUGACGUGUAUGACUUGAUCCCAGGAACAUUUCAGACAUUGGAGAUGGUGGCAGAGGUCAAUGGCACGUGGCUUCUGCACUGUCAUGUUGCUAACCACAUCCGUGCUGGAAUGGAGACGACUUUUAUUGUCAAACCCCAAUCAGGUGGUGGCAGAGUGAGGACAGAUUUAAGCAUCCUUUGCUUUCUGCUCACAAUAUUCAUGCUCAAACUGACAUGAUCUUCUGUGGACAUAUGCUACUUGACCACAAUCAUUCUAAACAGAUUUAUUUCCAAC